AAAAUUCGAUCAGUUAUUUAUUGAUUGAACACCGUUUCUUUUCUGACCGAGAAAUGGUACAUGCACGUUGGUGACAUAAAUUAUGCAAUUUAGUAGUUCUUAGACUGUUUUUUUAAAAAAUAAUUGGGGGAUCAAAAUGGCAACUAUUGCUGAAAAAUAUAAUUUCGUAUUCCACGAACUUACAGAUAAACGUGUGGAACAAUGGCCAUUUAUGGACAGUCCUGUUCCAUUGGUGAUAACAAUAAUUGGUUAUUUAUAUGUAAUAUAUAAACUCGGUCCACAAUAUAUGGAAAGUAGGAAGCCAUACAAUUUGAAAAAAAUUAUUGCAUUUUAUAAUCUAUUUCAAGUAUUUGCAAAUGCUAUUAUCUGUUAUUCGAUACUAAUAAGUGGUUGGUUAACAACAUAUUCAUGGGGUUGUCAGCCAGUGUUAUACACAACAGAUCCCGAUCAAAUGCGUAUGGCAAAAACCGUAUGGUGGUUAUUUAUGUUAAAAAUGGUGGAUUUAAUUGAGACAGUAUUCUUUGUGUUACGUAAAAAGAAAAAACAAAUCUCAUUUUUACAUGUUUACCAUCAUGUAUCCACAUUAUCACUUGUAUGGAUUGGGGCGAAAUAUUUCGCAGGUGGAAUGGCCACAUUUCCAAUGUUAAUCAACUGUUUUGUACAUGUUUUAAUGUACACCUACUAUUUCUUGGCAUUAUUCGGGAAAAAAAUGCAACAACGACUAAUAAAAUGGAAACAAUCGUUAACAAUUAUACAAAUGGUACAGUUCACAAUAAUGAUAUUACAUUAUUUAACAUCAUUGCCAUCUUCAUGUCCAGUACCAAAAUUAGUACCAACAUUAAUGGCGUUCCCAAACGUUAUUUUCCUUUAUUAUAUGUUUUAUGAUUUUUAUAAAAAUACUUAUAUGAAAAAAUCAGAAACAAACAAAUCUUUGUAGCUUCAUAAUCAUAUUAUCAAAUAUGUAUUACAGAUAAUAGAGAUUUUUUAAUAAGUCGUAAACGGUAAGUGAUAGAAAAAACAUUAUUCAGCAAAAAAAGAUAGGAAAUUGAAUUAUCUACAAUAAAGGUUAUUGCUAUUCCGGAGAUAUAGGCCGUAACGGUCUUCCUCACAAUGGCGACACUAACACGCUCCAAAAUUAUAACAAUUUUGCGCAUUUACAUUCAGCACAUGAUAUUUACGAAAAAAUGUUUCAAACAAAAGUUGUUUAUUUUUUUAUAAGAAACAUUAUUUACACUAUAAUUUUGUUAUAUCUCUAACGGUUUACAAGACGGGUCUUACGGUCCCA